AUGGGAAUCACAGACAAGCUUUGUCAAGCUUUGCAGCAAAAGAAUCAAGACAUUGUGAAUGCUAUGUGUUUGGUUUCUAGCACAAAGUCACUAAUUCAAAAGUUAAGGGAUUUUGGUUGGGAUUCUCUUUUAGAAAAUGUUAACUCUUUUUGCAAUAGCCGAGGUGUACCAAUUCCUGAUAUGAGUGCUACUUACUCUGACAUAAUUCGAACUCGGCUUAAAAAGGAUUCUGUGACAGUUGAGCAUCAUUAUCGUGUAGAUAUAUUUACUGCAGCGAUAGAUUAUCAAUUGAAAGAAUUGAAUAGUAGAUUCAGCGAGCAAUCAACUGAACUUCUUAUGUUGAGUGUAGCUUUGGAUCCUAAAGAUGCAUUCAAAUCAUUUAAUGCUUGUGAUAUUUGUAGUCUAGCUAAGAAAUUUUACUCUUCAGAUUUUUCUGACCAAGAAAUGAUUCAUAUGGAAUAUGAAUUGCAACAUUAUGAGUUUGAUGUGCCAAAGGAUCCCAAAUUUCAUAAUUUGUCAACUCUUGGUGAAUUAUGUCAAAAACUAGUAGAGGUUGGCAAAUCAAAUGUUUAUCCUUUAAUUGAUCGAUUGAUACGACUUGUUCUUACUCUGCCCGUGUCAACAGCAACUACAGAACGUGCUUUUUCAGCUAUGAAGAUUAUAAAAACAAGUUUGCGCAACAAGAUGGAAGAUGGUUUUCUUACUGACUACAUGAUUGUUUAUAUUGAGAAGGAGAUUGCACGAAGAUUUACAACUGAUAUGAUAAUUGAUGAUUUUUACUUCAUGAAACAACGACGGGCACAACUUAAGAAAUAA